AUGGUCAGCUACCUCUACAAGCGGGACUACGCCGUCCAAGCUAUUGAGAAGAUGGUGGACACUUCAGCUGAGCUUAGAGAGCGUAGGGCGACGAACGGCAACUCUAUCCUUAUCUCGCACGCCCACGUCUAUGGUACCGCGAACUACUAUGAUUUUCCCAAGCUCCAGUCAAUGGCGGUCAAGAGGUUCACAGUGCACGGCACUCACGACUCCGAACUGGACGGCUUUAUCGAAGUGGUCAGGAGCAACCUCGUUGACUUGACGGAAGAUGAUACCUUCAUGACCCAGCUCGCUGCGAUUGAGGAAGCUCAGCCUUUCGCGGCCGACAUGCUAUGCCAAGUCGUCCGCAGUCAGUUGAAAGAGGGGAAAGAGGCUUCCACAGCAAUGCUGAAGGCUGACAUCGACAUUAAAGAUCUCACUCGCAGGAUCGAACAGCUGGAAUAUGACCUGGAGUCCGCAAAGCGCGAUGCUGCUGCCGAGCGGUGCUGCCGAGGCAGAGUCGGCGGAGGACCGAUUUCAGCACGUGAACAAAGUGAUGAAGGAGCUGGUGAAUGGCCUUGA